GCUGUGGAGCACGGCCGAGGCCGCAUGUCCGGCCGGGCGGCGGAAGCGGGGUGACGCGCUGCGCGGCCGCCAGCCGGUGAGACAUGGCGAGCCUGGUGGGCAAGUACGGAGCUCGCUUGAAGGAGCAGGAGAAAGAAAUCAAGUCUCUUAUUGCUGAAAUUGAGAGUUUGAAAAACCCUGUGGUGCUUGACUUUUCCUUGGGAUUGAGUGAGAUGUUGGAGGAGAACGCCAAGCUCAAAUACCGGCUAAAUGUUCUCAAGCGUAGUCUGCAAGAAGAGGAAAGCAAAGCAGGAACCAGCAUGAUAAACGUCAAUCAACGAUUGCAGAAUAUAUUCCGCAUUGCCAUUAAGCUUGCCUAUCCACAUCUCGAAAACCCACCAUUAGCAGUUACACCAAGCCAAAGUUCAAAAUUUGGAGAUUAUCAAUGCAAUAGUGCCAUGGCAAUAUCUCAGAUCUUGAAAGCCAAGGGAGAGAAGAGUAAUCCCAGAGAGAUUGCUCAGAAAAUUGUCAGUAACAUUCCAAAAAAUGAUAUAAUUGAAAACAUUGAUAUUGCUGGACCAGGUUUUAUCAAUGUUGAUCUGAAAAGAGAAUUUGUCUCCAAACUGCUGAAGGAUCUACUAGUAAACGGAGUUCAGCCUCCCUUGGUAGGACCAAAGAAAAAGGUGGUGGUAGAUUUCUCUUCUCCCAAUAUUGCCAAAGAGAUGCAUGUGGGUCAUCUGCGAUCAACCAUCAUCGGUGACAGCAUGUGUCGCUUAUUUGAGUUUGUUGGAUAUGAUGUUUUAAGGUUAAAUCAUAUUGGUGACUGGGGAACACAGUUUGGGAUGUUGAUUGCUCACUUGUACGACAAGUUUCCAGAUUACCUUGCUGUUUCCCCUCCAAUUGGUGAUCUUCAGAUGUUCUAUAAAGAAUCCAAAAAAAGAUUUGAUGAAGACGAAGCCUUUAAGAAGCGGGCUUACCAGUGUGUGGUACAGCUACAGAACCACAAUCCAGAUGUUAUUAAGGCAUGGAAUCUGAUCUGUGAUGUUUCUCGAAAGGAAUUCCAAAAAAUUUACAAGAGUCUGGAUAUAAAACUAAUUGAGAGGGGAGAAUCGUACUAUCAAGACAUGAUGAAUGAUGUUGUAAAAUUAUUUGAGGAAAAAGGUUUAGUCCAACUUGAUGAAGGCCGAAAGAUUGUUUUUCCACCAGGCUGCUCAGUGCCCCUGACGAUAGUAAAAUCAGAUGGAGGUUACACAUAUGACACAUCAGAUUUAGCUGCUCUUCGACAAAGGAUUUUUGAUGAGAAGGCUGAUAUCAUUAUCUACGUUGUAGAUAAUGGGCAGAGCGUCCAUUUCCAGACAGUCUUUGCAGCUGCACAGAUGAUCGGCUGGUAUGAUCCCAAGGAAAUCAGAGUAGAACAUACUGGAUUUGGUGUGGUAUUAGGUGAAGAUAAAAAGAAGUUUAAAACUAGAUCAGGAGAAACUGUGAGAUUAGCUGACCUACUGGAGGAGGGUCUGAAAAGAUCAAUGGAUAAGCUGCUGGAAAAAGAGCGAGACAAGGUUUUGACUCCUGAGGAGCUUCAGGCAGCAAAAGAGGCUGUGGCAUUUGGAUGUAUAAAGUAUGCUGACCUUUCUCACAAUAGGACCAAUGACUAUGUCUUUUCCUUCGACAAGAUGUUGGAUGAUCGUGGGAACACUGCAGCCUAUUUGCUGUAUGCCUUCACCAGAAUCAGGUCCAUAACUCGACUCGCAAACAUUGAUGAUGCAACUUUGCAAAAAGCAGCUGCAGAAGCAACCAUCCUGCUGACUCAUGAGAAAGAGUGGAAGUUAGGUAAAUGUAUUCUGCGAUUCCCAGAAAUCCUUCACAAGAUCCUGGAUGACCUAUAUCUGCAUACCCUUUGUGACUACCUCUUUGAACUGGCCACAACCUUCACAGAGUUCUAUGACAACUGUUAUUGUGUAGAGAAGGACAGGCAAACAGGUGAAGUUAUCAAAGUGAACAUGUGGCGGAUGCUGCUGUGUGAAGCUACUGCUGCUGUAAUGGCAAAGGGUUUUGCUAUUCUGGGACUCAAGCCUGUUCAGAGGAUGUAAUUCUCUUACUUUUCAGCAGUUACUGGAGCAGCAAAUGUAAUAUCAAAUAAAAUCCAAUAUGAAGACAA